AAAAGUUGGAAACGGCAGCGUUUAAGUAAGCAGCAGCGUUUAAGAGCACGCACGCAGCAGGAAUUCCUUUUCCAACAUUUAACUCUACCUCUAAAAAAAUCCUCUCUCAAAUUCUCCUGAGCGAUGACCUCCGACUCCGCUUCCUCACGCAAGGCAUUGAGCAAGAUCGCAUGCAAUCGGUUGCAGAAAGAGCUGGUGGAGUGGCAGGUGAAUCCGCCCGCCGGUUUUAAGCAUAAACCUACUGAUAAUCUUAAGAGAUGGGUAAUUGAAGUCAACGGGGUACCGGGUACACUUUAUGCUGGUGAAAUGUACCAGCUUCAGGUUGAUUUUCCUGAGCAUUACCCUAUGGAAGCGCCGCAGGUUAUAUUUGUUCCUCCAGCGCCUUUGCAUCCUCACAUUUAUAGUAAUGGCCAUAUAUGUUUAGAUAUUUUGUACGACUCUUGGUCCCCGGCUAUGACUGUAAGUUCGAUUUGCAUCAGCAUUCUAUCUAUGCUGUCAAGCUCCACCGCGAAGCAACGCCCAGCCGACAACGACCGCUAUGUGAAGAAUUGUAAGAACGGCAGAUCUCCGAAGGAGACGAGAUGGUGGUUCCAUGACGAUAAAGUGUGAAUGCAGAUAAACAUGUAACUCAUUCUCACUCUGUCCUACAUAGGUCGGCUGAAAAUUGAAACAUGUAACUCAUUCUCACUCUAUCCUAAACUGCUCUAUCAUACAUUUCUGUAGCAUGUUGAUCUAUUGGUAUAUAUAAAUGUAUGUUAUGUUGUAUUCAAUCAAAGAGGUUGCUAAACAAGACAACAUUUAUUUA